AUGGGCAAACGAAACGUUGUUCUACUGCAACAUGGUCUCAUAGAUUCCUCUCAUACGUGGAUAAGUAAUCUUCCCAAUCAAAGCCUUGGUUUUAUCCUCUCUGACAUGGGAUAUGACGUGUGGCUGGGGAACAGCCGAGGAAGCACCUAUUCACAAUACCACAAAACCCUCGAUUGGGCAAGCCAACGAUUCUGGCAGUUUUCAUGGGACGAUAUGGCACGGAAUGAUUUCCCUGCAACAAUUGAUUUUGUGCUCAAUCAAACCGGCAAAAAUAAGCUAUUUUAUAUAGCGCACUCACAGGGCACCCAAAUUGCGUUUGCCAACCUCAACUCGGACCCAAUCCUUCGAUCGAAAAUUUCAGCGAUGGUUGCUUUGGCACCAAUAGCUUACCUUGGAAAUGUGAAAAGUCCUCUUCGUUUGCUGUCGAGCGUUUGCAAAGACAUUGAUUUUGUUAAUACCUGGCUCGGUAGUCGGGGAAUCCUGAUGCUCUUCUCACUUGUACGCUUUUUCAGUACCUUUCUUUGCCAUGAAAAGUCCAUCUCAUUCCUAUGUAGCAGCAUUCUCUAUUCUUUCGUCGGUUACGACUUCGAUAACACGAAUACGACUCGAUUUCCAGUCUACUUUGCGCACGCUCCCGCGGGCACCUCUGUACGCAAUAUGGUGCACUACUGUCAGGCAAGUCGUUUCUUUAAUCCUUUACUCUAUGCGGAUAGUAUUGCCGGCAAAGAUAAGGGCGACUUGAAUGACCAUUUCUGUCUUAUUAGUCGUCGUCAGCCAGUCAUACCCAGCCACAAGUGCUCGAAACGGACUAACCAUUUGUGCUGGAAGGUGGGAAUGGAUGAGGCUGCCGCAAACAUUUUCCUCACAACACACGAUCGAGAGGGCUUUUCAACUGUCACAACCACGCAGCCAUGGUUUUGGGAGUGGAAGAAAAAUGAUUCAACUUGGAGCAGCAUACGCCAAUUUACACCACCUCGACAUCUGGAUGGGAUGAGUGUAGGAAGCCUGAAACGAGGAAGAUUCUGCGCAAGUCUUCAUUAUGCCCUUAGCGUUCCUGUUCUCCUUCUUGCCCACUUCGUCAUCCGAACGUGGAGUAUGUCACAUGGGAAAUUUCAAGCCUUCGACUUUGGAAAGGAAGAAAAUUUGCUGCAGUAUAAACAGGCAGUGCCUCCAGUCUACGGUCUGAGUAACAUAGAUAUUCCGUUGAAGCUGUAUUGGGGCGGUGACGACUGGUUGUCAACGCCUAUAGACGUCUGUCGCCUCCUCAACGAACUGCCUAGACGGAGCUAUAUUCGAAACAUGUAUCUCCCCUACUACAAUCACAUAGAAUUUGUGUGGGGUCUGGAUGCUGCCAAGAUUAUCUACCCGGACAUACUCGAUUUCUUACAAGAAUUCCAGUGA